AGGGAUGGAGAGGGGUGGGGAAAGAAGGAAGGAAGAUGGUUAAAGGGGUUGUUUAAAGAAGAGCGGAAAAAAUGAAAAUGGGAGUUGAUUAAUGUAUUUUCUCACACUCUAAGCCCAAAGUGUCGUUUGUAGUAUCAUGAAGAGUCAUGAACCUGAAAACAAACUUACGUUUUGCAACAAUUUUUUAUUGGUUGACAAGUGUAUUAUGUUCUUCACAAUAUUGUGAUCUUAAAUUUAAUUCACCAGACAGGGAAGCGAGGAUUCUACAUGGUUUAGCUGAUGUUGGAUUUACAACAGAAAGUUAUGACACUGGCUACAGAACAGAAUAUACAGUUGGAGUCUGUGGCAAUGUCUCUAAAACAGAUCGUUUGGCUGGUGUACUUCAAAACGGCACAACCGUUCUGGGGCGUGUUAAUAACACAAAUGUUGUCAAAGGAGGGGAUUGGAUGAUAAUGACAUUUGGUAGUGGUGAUUACUAUCCAGAUAAAAGUAACUGCAGUGGUCCCCGUGUUGCAUUUGUAUUGAUUAAUUGCAAUCACAAUUUCAGUGAAGAGAAUUCCCUCAGAUUUAUAAAAGAAGUCAUUCAAGAACACAACAAAACACAACAAAGCCAGGAGAAAAAUAAUUGUUUUUUCAUGUUGGAAAUUCAUUCUCAGUUGGUGUGCAAUAAGCCUGAGAAAAUAGGAGGAGGAACAAUAUUUUCUAUUCUGCUACUUCUUCUAAUACUUGGCUACAUUGUUGGAGGAACGCUUUAUCAGAGAUUGGUUUUGGGAGCCAAAGGUUUGGAACAAAUACCAAAUUACACUUUUUGGAGAACUGUAUGUGAAAACAUCCAGGGUGUAUGCAGUCGAAUUCUUCAUCAGAAGAGUAGUACACACAACACUUCAUGGGAAAAUCUUGGGCCCAGAGUGGAGAGGGACGACGAUUCUCUUUUACCUCCGUAAGCUUUAGUAAUUGUUUUGCAAUAGUCUUACCAAGUGAACUUUAUAUAGGUGAUACAGUUGUCCGAUUUUGAAAUUAUUGAAUGUGAUAACCAACGCAGCCUGCCCAAGGGCUAUCCACAGAUAAGAAAACUGUUAUAAUUCACAAAUUAAAGACAUAUCUAAUAUUG